GGGCAGGCUGGAGUUAACCCCUGCGGCUCCCUGACCCCUCCGGCAGGAUGGAUGUCACAGCCUGGGAAAGGGAACCAGUCCCUGGGAGCAGGAGCUCUGCCUAGAGCAAAUGGCUCUGGGUGCUAGUGAAGCUGGGAGCUCCCUGGAGAGACUGGAAUGGCUCAGAAACGACUCCACAGGACACUGCAGACCCAGCUACGAUGAUGGGGAAGGUUCCCUUGUUCUCCCCCGGCUCCACAGUGAGCUCUGCUCUGCCCGGCUAUGUCGCUCUCUGCCUCACUCUACAGGUUCACAGGCUGGUGUCAGCACAAUUCACAGUGACUGGACUUAACCAUCCAGUCACUGCCUCCCUAGGGGGUGAGGCCAUCCUGUCCUGCCACCUCUCCCCCAGGAUGAGCGCUGAGAACAUGGAGGUGAGAUGGUUCCGAUCCAAGUACUCUGAAGUCGUGCACCUGUACCAUGGUGGGCGGGAUCAGUACGGAGAGCAGAUGCCGGAAUAUGGAGGGAGAACUGAGCUCUUGAAAGACGACAUCACCAAUGGGAGAGUUUCCCUGAGAAUACGGAAUAUCCAACCCUCUGACAAUGGGCACACGUGUUAUUUUGAGUCCAGUCUCUCUUAUGAAGAAGCUUUAUUGGAACUGCAGGUGGCAGGUUUGGGCUCUGAUCCUGACAUCUCUGUGGAGGGACAUCAGGAUGGAGGGAUCUGGGUGGUAUGUCGAUCAUCCAGAUGGUACCCAGAGCCCGAGGCUCAGUGGAGAGAUCACCAGGGGAAGAUCUUACCAUCAACCUCUAAAGCAAUAACCCCAGAGGCUGAUGACCUGUUUCAAACAGAGAUUGCCAUUGUUAUAACAGAAGAGUCCAACCAGAAAGUGUCCUGCUGUGUCAGGAAUCUCCGACUCAACCAGAAGAGAGAGUCAGCAAUUUCAAUAGCAGAGAUUCUGCGAUCUGAGAUGGAGAGUGAGAAAGAGACCCUGCUGUCUGAACGGGAACAAGAAAAAGGGGAAUACGAGGCAGUGAAAGAACUGGGACUCGCCAGAGCCCGAGGAUACACAGUGGAUGUGACUCUGGAUCCAGACACGGCUCAUCCCAACCUCGUCCUGUCUGCAGAUCUGAAAAAUGUGAGACACGGAAACUGGGAUCCGCCCAACAAGUCUGAGGGAUUUGAGCAUGAUAUCUGGGUCCUGGGCGCUGAGGGGUUCACAGGCGGGAGGCGUUACUGGGAGGUGGAGGUGGGAGGCAAGACAGGCUGGUACCUGGGGGUUUGUAGGGAAACUGUGAGCAGGAAGGGGAAGGUCACACUGUCACCUGAGCAUGGAUACUGGGUCAUGUUGCUGAGGGGUGGGGGAUAUCAGGCCCUCACCUCUCCCCUGACCCCCCUCCCCGUGAGCAUCAGGCCCAGCCGGGUGGGGAUUUUCCUGGACUAUGAGGCGGGCGAGGUCUCAUUUUACAAUGUGACUGACAGGUCCCGUCUCUUCUCUUUCACUGACACCUUCUCCGGGACGCUCCGCCCUUAUUUCAGUCCUAGUUACAGUGCUGGGGGUACAAACGCAGCUCCCCUGAUAAUCUGCCCGGUCCCAGCUCAGGCCGGAGGGAAUCUCGGUCCCUGACAGUGACCCCGCGGCAGAGACUGGCCCCUCCCAGCGCUGCUGCUCUUCCUGCUCCCCCCAUGGUGGGGGCCAGUUACUACAGGUAACUGGACAUUUUGUGCUGACCACAUGCUGCCAGUUUCCCUUUUCAACUGGAGGUUUCAGUCGAGAACCGGAUACCUCGCAACUCCACCCCAGGCUGGAUGAAUAGGUCCCACUUGCUGGAAGGAGCCAGACAACUUUUCCCCCUCCCCUUGUGUUUGCUCCAUCCCUGGCACAGGGUGAUGCUGGUAAGAAAUCCUGCCAGACAGCUGGUGGUUUUUGCUGCCCUCACCUUUCCCCAUCCUCUGUCCCAGGGAUAGCAGAUGGUGAUGGACAGGGAUUAUUCACUCCUGUCAGAAUAUUCUACUCCUGUGAAAUCUCAAUGUAAAAUAUGAAAGAAAAAAGAUUAUUCUAAUUUAGAAAAUAUUAUUGUCACAAGGUGUAAAUGCAAGAACAUUUUCAUUUACAUUUCAACAGCAUUUCAAA